AGCAGGAGUGUGCGUGCGCGCGCGCUUUUGUAGGCUCUGCACGCGGCCAGUUCAGUCCUCAUCAUGAGCGAUUGAGAAAGCUUCUCUGAGACGGCAUCGAGGCUGCUGUAGUGUGCCUGCAGCGUGGAGAGGUCUGUGCAGUUGAACGCGUGACUGAGACUCUGCAUCAUUUUCUUCUCCGUUCCCCCUUAGCGGUUGCAAACGUUUGUGUGGCAAGUGGUGAUGGGCACUCGAGAGUGGGCUGCUGCCCACCAAGUGUGACUGUGUUUCGGAGGCGCUGAGAAAAAAAAAGAACAUGUAAAAAUCCGCAGGCAAGUCCGCAGAUCCCUUGGAUUCACGGCCAAAAUGCAGAAAGGGAUGAGGCUCAAUGAUGGCCAUAUCACCUAUCUGGCUCUUUUGGCGAAGAAGGAUGGGACGAGGCGAGGUUGCUUGAGUAAGAAAAGCUCAGACAACACAAAAUGGCAUUCAAAGUGGUUCGCUUUGUUGCAGAAUAUGCUGUUUUAUUUCGAAAACGACUCCAGCUCACGCCCCUCUGGACUGUACCUGUUGGAGGGAUGUGUCUGUGAUAGGGCACCGUCACCGAAACCGUCUCUCUCAGCGAAAGAAUGCUUAGAGAAGCAGUAUUACUUCACCAUCACGUUCAGUCAUGAAAACCAGAAAGCUGUGGAGCUACGCACAGAAGAUGUCAAGGACUGUGACGAGUGGGUGGCAGCCAUCACACAGGCUAGUUACAGGAACCUGGCGACAGAGCACGAGACCCUCAUGCAGAAGUAUCUCCAUCUACUCCAAAUAGUGGAGACAGAGAAAACGGUUGCCAAGCAACUUCGACAACAGAUAGAGGAUGGGGAAAUCGAGAUUGAGCGGCUAAAAUCAGAGAUUGCUGGACUUCUGAAGGACAAUGAGAAGAUUCAGUCAAAUCCAGAAGUACCACCCAGUGAGGAUGACACAGAGAUCAAGAAGAUCAAGAAAGUCCAGAGUUUUCUGCGAGGUUGGAUCUGCCGCAGGAAGUGGAAAACCAUCAUCCAGGACUACAUUCGUUCACCCCAUGCUGAAAGCAUGAGGAAGCGGAAUCAAGUGGUAUUUAGCAUGCUAGAAGCAGAAGCCGAAUAUGUCCAACAACUCCACAUCUUGGUCAACAACUUUCUGCGGCCGCUGCGCAUGGCAGCCAGCUCCAAGAAACCCCCCAUCACCCAUGAUGAUGUCAGCAGCAUCUUCCUUAACAGUGAGACCAUCAUGUUCCUCCACCAGAUCUUCUACCAGGGCCUGAAAGCCAGGAUAGCCAGCUGGCCAACACUUGUGCUGGCUGACCUGUUUGACAUUUUACUGCCCAUGCUUAACAUUUACCAAGAGUUUGUGAGGAACCACCAGUACAGCCUGCAGAUCCUGGCCCACUGCAAACAGAACCGAGACUUUGACAAGCUUCUGAAGCAGUACGAGGCCAAGCCUGACUGUGAAGAGAGGACGCUGGAAACCUUCCUUACUUACCCCAUGUUUCAGAUCCCUCGUUACAUCCUGACAUUGCACGAAUUGCUGGCUCACACUCCCCAUGAGCAUGUGGAGAGAAAUAGUUUGGACUACGCAAAGUCAAAAUUGGAAGAACUUUCCAGAAUUAUGCAUGAUGAGGUGAGUGAGACAGAGAACAUCAGGAAGAACCUUGCCAUUGAGCGCAUGAUUGUGGAGGGUUGUGAAGUGCUACUUGACACCAGCCAAACGUUUGUUAGACAAGGUUCUCUGAUCCAGGUGCCAAUGAGUGAGAAAGGGAAGAUCACCAGAGGCCGACUGGGCUCGCUGUCUCUGAAGAAGGAAGGCGAGAGACAGUGUUUCCUCUUCUCUAAACAUCUCAUCAUCUGUACUCGAGGGUCUGGAGGGAAACUUCACAUCACUAAGAAUGGAGUUGUGUCUCUCAUAGACUGCACCCUGAUGGAGGAACCAGAGGGAACAGAUGAUGAAUCCAAAGGGGAGCGGAGCGGCCAGGACACUGAGCACCUAGACUUUAAAGUCAUGGUGGAGCCCAAAGACAGCCAGCCUUACACUGUUAUCCUUGUGGCUUCUUCCCGACAGGAAAAGUCAGCAUGGACAAGUGAUAUCAGCCAGUGCAUUGACAACAUCCGCUGCAAUGGUCUGAUGAUGAACGCAUUUGAGGAAAACAGUAAAGUCACCGUGCCACAGAUGAUUAAGUCUGACACCAGCUUGUAUUGUGAUGAUGUUGACAUUCGCUUCAGCAAGAUGAUGAACUCGUGCAAGGUGCUGCAGAUUCGCUACGCCAGCGUGGAGCGCUUGUUGGAGAGGUUGACUGACUUGCGCUUCCUCUCCAUUGACUUCCUGAACACCUUCCUCCAUUCAUAUCGUGUCUUCACCAGCGCCGAUGUAGUGCUUGACAAGCUCAUCACCAUCUACAAGAGGCCAAUCAGUGCCAUCCCUGCACGCUCUUUGGAGCUUUUCUUUGCCAGCAGCCAGAACAACAAACUCCUCUACGGCGAGCCACCCACGUCGCCACGUGCCAGCCGCAAGUUUUCCUCCCCUCCUCCUCUCUCCAUCACCAAGACGUCCUCUCCAAACCGCCGCCGCAAACUUUCCCUCAACAUUCCCAUCAUCACAGGGGGCAAAGCCCUGGACCUGGCUGCACUUAGCUGCUCUCCCAAUGGCUAUGCAAGCAUGCACUCCACCAUGUCACCCUUCAGUAAGACCACACUUGACAUCAACAAGCUUUACGUGUCGAGCACCAUGGCCAGCAAAAUCCCUGAUGAGGGAGAGUCCAAAGCCGAAAGCAAAGCUGAAGAGUCUGUCCUCAGCAAGCAAGAUCUGUCUGUCAGUGAGGAAUGUGAUGAAGCUCCAAGUCAGAGUGAUGAGGCUGAAGCAGAAACGUCUCCUCCAAAGUCACCAUCCACACCCAAGAAUGUCAAAUCCAAAAACUCUGAAUUUUCCCUGUUUUCCUUUAACAAUGGCAUGGUGGUGUCAUCUUGCCGGGAGCUGGACAACAACCGCAGUGCCCUUUCUGCUGCCUCGGCCUUUGCCAUUGCCACAGCUGGUGCCAAUGAAGGCACGCCAACCAAGGAGAAGUACCGUCGCAUGUCCCUCGCCAGCUCAGGCUUUCCUACAGACCAGAGGAAUGGGGACAAAGAGUUUGUUAUCCGAAGAGCUGCCACAAACAGAGUCCUGAAUGUGCUCCGUCACUGGGUGUCCAAACACUCACAGGACUUUGAGCAGAACACAGAGCUGAAGAUGCGGGUAAUUGGCUUCCUAGAGGAGGUGAUGCAUGACCCAGAGCUCCUGACACAAGAAAGAAAGGCAGCUGCCAACAUUAUCAGGACUCUCACUCAGGAGGAUCCUGGAGACAGUCAGGCCACCAUUGAAGAGAUAACACAGAUGGCCUUGGAGGAAAGUAAGACUGAACCGUUUGAGAGCCACUCUGCCUUGGAGAUUGCUGAGCAACUCACAAUGCUGGACCAUCUGGUCUUCAAGGUCAUCCCAUAUGAGGAAUUUUUUGGUCAAGGGUGGAUGAAGAACGACAAGAAUGAAAGAACACCGUACAUAAUGAAAACAACCAAGCAUUUCAAUGAUAUCAGCAACAGGAUUGCAACAGAGAUCCUGCAAUGGGACGAUGUCAACAUGCGGGUGGCCGUGAUAGAGAAAUGGGUGGCAGUGGCUGACAUCUGUCGCUGCCUCCACAACUACAACGCUGUGUUGGAGAUUACGUCCUCACUCAACCGCAGCUCAAUCUUCCGUCUCAAAAAGACCUGGCUGAAAAUAUCUAAGCAGACAAAAACUGUGGUUGACAAGUUGCAGAAGCUGGUGUCAUCAGAGGGCCGAUUCAAAAACCUGAGAGAAGCUCUGAAGAACUGUGACCCUCCCUGCGUGCCGUACCUGGGCAUGUACCUAACUGACCUGGCCUUUAUUGAGGAGGGAACGCCCAACUACACUGAGGAUAACCUGGUCAACUUCUCCAAGAUGAGAAUGAUAUCUCACAUUAUCAGAGAGAUACGACAAUUCCAACAGACAGCUUACAAGAUAGAUUUUCAGCCAAAGGUGGCAAAGUACCUGCUGGACAGCAGUACAGUGCUGGAUGAGGAGAGCCUCUACGAAGCAUCUCUGAGAAUCGAGCCAAAAACUUCAUCGUGAAGAGGAUUUCUCUUGUUCUGCUCACAUACAAUGAAUACAGAAACAUGAUUUCAACAUGUACAUUUAUUAUUAUUUGUAUUAGACACAGUAGGCUGUGCCCUUCUAGUAUAUGCUCCCCAAUGGACUUGUUGUGUAGACUUAGUUUAAGCCCAGAGAUGUUUUAUUUCUAUAGUUACAGAGUAUUUAUAUGUUAUUUAUUGUCUAAAAUGUUAUAUUUUAUGACAAAGUUAUUUUAAACCACAGAAUAAGGAUGAAAGAGUUUAAAUAUUUGAUAUUUAGCUAUGUCCAAAUGAGAAUGUGCAGCAUGAAAAAGGCUCUCAUACAUGACAAAUGUUGACUUUGGCACAUGAUGAUCAACUUUCACUUUUUUGCUUUGAUGGCAGAAGUCAAGAAAAAACAACAUUUACCAGCAGUCUUUUAAUAAUCCCCACAAAACCUCUUUAUUCCUUGAUUGUGAAUAUGCAAUUUUACACCAAAUUUGAUGUUUAAGAAGUCUGUGGUGAUUCAACUCCACAGCAAAAUAUCAAAUGCACAUUAAUCUGAAUGCCUGUUUAAACUAAAACAGACAAACAUUCAAAUCUUUUGCAAUUAAAACAGACUAAUAUAGACAACCAUAAAGGAGGCAGAAGGUGGGGCUGCAGUGGCGAAAGUUUGAAUCAUGUGUUCUCUUAUUUAAUGUAGCCACUGAAUGACAAAGAGGUUUGGAAAGAUUGUGGUGAAACUUACAUAGUUUGUUUUUAGUUUUGUUAAAAUUAUUUUUUAUGCUUUGCCUAUUAUCACUUUAUUCCCCUGGUGGGCAACCUGAUGUAAAUACAGUAUAAUCACCAGGCAAUGUAUGUAGCAAAUGUAACCAAUAUCGAGCCACUUCAGGAAGUUAAAUUCCCAGCUUCUACACUCAAGACAUUGUGAGCGUAGUCCUUAUGGUUAAUCCUCUUUGGCCAGUGCAUUAUGGUUUUGCCUUAAUCAUGAAAUGGAUUAUAUACCACAAAAGUAUGUAAACUAUUUUGUUCUACAAUUUGCCAAUGAAGCUGAAAUAUUGGCUUUGUACUAUAUUGUGUACAGGCAGUCUGAUGCAUUUCCUAACGUGCAAUGUGUUAAAAACAUAUCCCUCAAAAUGUGUUAUCCUUAUGAUCGUUCAACUCUGUAAUAACUUUUCUGUGUAUGAUACUUUAAAACAAAUGUUGAAAACAACUUAUAAGUGUAACACAUUCUGUAUCCUGUCUACUCCAAUGCGUUAGCAGGAACUAUACAUUAGUAUUAUUGUGCUUCUUCUUGGAAUAUUUAUAUGUAUUUUUUACAGGCUUUGUAUAGAAAAACUCCUAAAGCUUAAGUGGCAGGCAUGUACCACUUUCAUGUGUUCAAAUCAAAUAUAUAUCUAAAAAAGGUAUGUGUGCUGUAUUUAAACCCCACCCUUGCACAUGAAUCUUUACCCUCUAACAGGGACAUCAAAUGUUUGCAGUGAGCAAUACCCAGUGAUACGAGAAUUAUCUUUCAGUCUACUUCAACAGCUUGAGUAGUAUUUCCAGUUUUGUAUCAAAGUGUAUUCUUUCUUGAUUACCUCUUGUUAAUAAAUCUAUUCUUUCUCAGGGGGAAAAAUGUC